AGUAUUGUAGGCACCAUGAGAGCCACAUCUUACACCCAGAAGAGCCUGCAGGUUAGCGGCUCCGGCAGCAGAGUAAGGGUUCAGAGCCCAUCUCCAUCCCGAUGCCGUGGAGCCUCAUACGACAGCCGUGGACGUGCUGGUUUCCGUGGCACAGCCAUUGAGCUGGGAACAAAGAUACACCAGCAACAUGCCAACGAGAAAGAGGAAAUGCAGGAGCUCAAUGUCAAGUUUGCUGGAUACAUUGAGAAGGUCCAGGCUCUAGAGCAGAGGAAUGCUGCUCUCAAAGCUGAGCUAGCUGCACUGCAAGGCCGCUACAAAGGAGGGCCCUCGGGCAUCGGAGAAGAAUAUGAACUCAAGUUUAAAGAGGUGCGGGAGCUGAUUGAGUCCCUGACAAAUGAGAAGGGAGCAGCUGAUAUUGAGCGGGGCUACAUUGAAGAAGAGGUUGAAGUGUGGAAAUUAAAGCUGGAGGAGGAACUGGCCCUUAAAGAAGAGGCAGAAAUGAUCCUGAGAGAGUUUCGUCAGGAUGUCGACAAUGCCACACUGCAGAAGGCUGAGCUGGAGAGGCGUAUAGAACAACUGGUAGCCGAGAUAGAGUUCCUCAAGAAACUGCACGAUGAAGAGGUGGCUGACCUGAGGAAGCAGAUUGAGGACGCUAAGAUUACCGCUGACCUAGACGGGGAUCGACCUGACCUUGCUGCCUAUCUGCGUAACAUGCGAGCAGAGAUAGAGGCUGUCGCUGCCAAGAAUGUCCAAGAAGCUGAGAAGUGGUACAAGAGCAAGUUUGACACCCUCAAGGAACAUGCUGGCAAAACUGAGGAUCAGAUGAAGUCCAUGAAAGAGGAGAUCACGACCUUCCACAACCAGGUGACAGACCUGCAGAAUCAGAUUGAGGGGCUGAGGUCUCGCAACGCCGCCCUGGAGCAGCAGCUAGAGGACAUGGAGAUGUCCCACAUGGAUAAGGUGGAGAGCUUUGAGGUUAUCAUUGCUCAGCUGGAGGCUCAGCUCUGUGAAACCAAACUGGAGAUGACCAAGUAUCUCCAAGACUACCAGGAACUGCUACACAUUAAGCUUAAACUGGAUGCGGAGAUCGCCACCUACAGGAAGCUGCUGGAAGGUGAGGAGCAGAGGCUUGGAAUCGCCAAAGAUGCCUAA